AUGACUUACCAUUUCGAAGUUGUCUGGGUACCGGGCCCGUCACAGAUAAGAGACUAUUUAUCCAGACACCCAAUCAAACGAGAAUCAGUCUAUAGCAUCGCCGAGAAUUAUGUGAAUUUCAUAGUAAACAAUGCGCUUCCUAAAGCUGUGACAUUAGUGGAUAUUGCACGUGCAACGCAGGACGACUGUGUCUUACAGUGUACGAUAAAAGCAAUGAAAUCAAAUGAUUGGAAAUUACAAAAGUGUGCAGUUGAUGAUUCGUUUAAGUGCUACAAAAUGUUAUCUAAAGAACUGUCUGCGCUUGACACAGAAAACGGACAAGUACUGCUACGUGGUAGAAGACUGUACGUGCCAACAAAAUUUCAGCGACAAGUGUGUAAAUUAGCACAUCAAGGACAUAUCGGUCGUGUGAAAACAAAGGCUUUAUUACGUGAAACUUGCUGGUUUCCGUACCUGGACAGACUAGUUGAUCAAGAAAUCAGGGAAUGCGUAUCAUGCCAAACAACAACGAAACAAACAGUGCCAGAUCCUAUCAGAAUCUCGGAAUUACCAAAUUCUGUGUUUUCGGAAGUUUCUGUUGAUUUUUGUGGACCCUUUUCAGCAGGAAUUUAUUACAUGGUAAUCAUUUGUGAUUAUUCGAGAUAUCCUAUUGUUGAGAAACUGACAAGUCUUACGGCGAACACAGUCAUUAACACAUCAGAGUCAGUUUUCGCGAUGUUCGGGUAUUGCCAAGUGCUUCGAAGCGACAACGGUCCUCCGUUCCAAAGCCAUGCAUACAAAAAGUAUGCAAAGCAUGCAGGAUUCAAGCAUAGGAAAAUAACUCCGCUGCACCCGAUGGGUAAUUCUAUAGCACAAUCUUUCAUGAAACCGCUCUCAAAAGCAAUCAAAUCUGCCGCAAUUUCUGGAAAUAGUGUAAAAGAUGAAAUAACAAGUUUCUUGCUGAACUAUAGAAACGCACCUCACAGUACAACACAGCCGUCUCCAGCUGAGAUAAUGUUCGGACGUAAACUAAACACAAAACUACCAAAAUUCACGGGGAAAGUCAAAGACAAAUAUAUCAGACAACGAUAUAAGUUUGUUAAAAUGAAAAACAAAAAGUAUGCUGACAAAUCACGACAUGCUCAGCACCGUGAUGUGGGAGUUGGAGACAAAGUACCUUUGCGACGUGAAAACUACACGAAAAAUCAAACACCGUAUCAUCCGAUCCCCGGAGAAAUUGUAAAAAGGAAAGGUUCGGCAAUAACAAUUAACUUGAAUGGAAAGUUAAUUACACGAGACAUAUCAAAAUUUAAAGAGUUUCAUGGACAAAUCAAGGAUGUUAAUAAGGAGGAGUCGUCACCGACGUAUACUGGUUUACGACGAUCGCAACGUCCACGACGUACAAAAGUACCUUUUGACAUAUGA